AUGUUUGCUUAUGGCCAUCAAAUGGAACAUGCUUAUUCCACAAGGAGUCUCUCUGCUGCUUCUGAGAUGGGGAGCAGUUUUAUGUUAGAAUUGGGAUUCUAUAUCACAUCAUUUUCUACAACAAUCUUCAUUGCUGGAUUUGCAGCUCUUGGACUUUUAUUAAUCACUCUGUUGGUUUCAAUGGCAAUGAUGCUACAAUCUUGUCAAAAUAAUAGUGCUGGAAUUCUAGAGCUUAGAAAUGUAAACGAUGACUAUAGUUAUUGCAAAGUUCAUUCUCUGCAUGCUAAGUUCAAUCAUUUGGAAGAACAUAAUCGUUAA